UUCUCGCCUUCAUUUCCUUCCCUUCCUUCCUUUCCUUUACUUUCUCUCUCACGUUAAGCCUCCUCUGCAACUUUUCUAAUUAACAACGAGAUUUUUCAUUUUUGAUCUGGAAACUGCAUUAUAGAGAUCAGCUCCUGUUUGGUUGAUAGGAAAAAAAAUAAAAGGAAAGAGAAAAACACAGGCCUGCACGUUUUGUUAACUCGUGGAUUAGAUAUUUUUAGUGCAUUUUGCUGGAACCAUACUUUCAUUUCUCGAAAAUCCUGGGCAAAUAAUGUUCUUUCAUCCAACAAAUGUUGUGUAGUUUUGGAGAUGAGAAGUUCUCAGGAAGUCCCUGCUUGAUGGACUGCUCUCCUAGUAGUAGUGACGAGAAAACUUUGAAGAGGUGGUUUUUCAUUGAUAAGAUGGUCGGGUGAAAAACUUCUGUAUAAAUUUGUAUUCGGUUAAGUUAUACUUUACAACAACUCUGCUGCAAGUAAUUUGGGUACGAUGGAUGUUGAGUCAAAUCAUUCUUCUCCUGUUCUCGCUGACCCUGCAUCGAUAAGCAGUUCAAGGCUCGGUAUCUAUUCUAAUCUGUUGCCUUACUCACCACCAGGAGGAUCACUCUCCUCUAACAAGUAUAGUAGGAAAAAGCCAGGGAAGCUUGACGAAGUCUGCUCGAGUGGAUGGCUGGAUGCCAUGAAAUCUUCAUCACCCCCUCGGAAGAAGCUCUUUAAGGAUGGUUCUGACACCGCUUACAGUUCCUGGAUGUUCAAGCAUCCAUCAGCACUCAUUUCAUUUGAGGAAAUUGCAAAUUUUGCUAAAAACAAGAAGAUAGCAAUGUUUCUAGACUAUGAUGGGACUCUUUCUCCAAUUGUAGAUGACCCGGAUAAUGCGUUUAUGUCUGAUGAUAUGCGUUCCAUUGUAAAAAACGUUGCGAAGUAUUUCCCAACGGCGAUUAUUAGUGGAAGAAGUCGUGACAAGGUCUAUCAGCUGGUAGGACUAACAGAACUAUAUUAUGCUGGUAGUCAUGGGAUGGACAUUUUGGGCCCUGUAGGAAAAGCUUCAAUGUCCAAUGAUCAUCGAAACUAUACUGAAUCUACCACUGACCAACAGGGCAAGGAGGUGAAUCUGUUCCAGCCUGCUAGAGAAUUUAUACCUAUGAUCGAUGAGGUUUUUAGAACCCUUGUCGAGAAUACUAAGGGAAUCGAGGGUGCAAAAGUCGAGAAUCACAAAUUUUGUGUCUCUGUGCAUUUCCGAAAUGUAGACGAGGAGAACUGGCAACCUAUUGCACAAUGUGUUCAGGAUAUUCUAGAUAAGUAUCCUCGUUUGCGGAGAACUCAUGGACGGAAGGUUUUAGAGGUCCGUCCAAUGAUUGACUGGAAUAAAGGGAAGGCAGUUGAAUUCCUGCUUGAAUCUCUAGGGCUAAGUAACAGAGACGACGUGCUCCCAAUUUAUAUCGGCGAUGAUCUGUCAGAUGAGGAUGCGUUCAAGGUGCUUCGGGAGGGGAAUCGAGGUUAUGGAAUUCUCGUAUCAUCUAGACCCAAAGAAACCAGUGCAGUUUACUCUCUCAAAGAUCCAAAGGAGGUGAUGAAAUUUCUUAACUCCUUGGUGACAUGGAAGAAGGUAGAAGAUGGUGGAUGCAUCCUGAAUAACAGGAGGACUAUCUGAUGACAUGCAUAUAGCUUAGGUUUUUUAUUUCAAGCAUUUUAAUUAUUGAUAUUACAUAAUAAAGAGGUUGUUGGUACAGCUGUGUAUUAUUUUUCCUUUGGGACCAGCAAUUUAGAGCUGGCGGUUUAAAUUGUUGUUAAUUUUCCCAUGUAAAGCUCUUUUGCUUUAAAGCUUAUGCUUAAGCUUUUAAAGGUCUAUUUAUCCAUAUGACAUUUACUUUUGAGUCAUGAUUCUUUGUGUAAUUUAUCGGAGAUGGCAAGGUUCAUUUCA